GUGCUCCUCCUGGAGCGUCGGGUGGCGGAGCUGGAAAAAGAGUCGGACGCAUCGGGGGAGCAGCACGCACGGCUGCGCCAGGAGAACCUCCAGCUGGUGCACCGCGCCAACGCGCUGGAGGAGCAACUGAAGGAGCAGGAGGUGUACGCGGAGGAGCAGCUGCAGCAGGAGAACCGGCGACACAAGGAGGCGAUAAGCAAGCUGGAGAGAGAGAAGGGGCUGGAGCUGGAAAACCUGCAGGCCAGGCUGCAGCAGCUGGAUGAAGAGAACAGCGAGCUGAGGUCUUGCGUUCCUUGUCUUCGAGCGAACAUCGAGAGAUUAGAGGAGGAGAAGAGAAAACUUCACGACGAGGCCGAGGUUAUGUCACAGAGGCUGGAGGAGGAGACGGAGGCUCGCAGGAAGAUGGCUGACAAGCUCAGCCACGAGCGCCACCAAAACCAGAAAGAGAAGGAGAGCACUCAAGAACUUAUUGAAGACUUGCGUAAACAGCUGGAGCAUCUGCAGCUUUACAAGCUGGAGGCUGAAGCAAAGAGAGGCCGUACUCCAGGGGCGGGGCUGCAGGAGUAUCAGACGCGCACGAGAGAGGCCGAGCUGGAACAGGAGAUCAAACGCCUCAAACAGGUAACAAUGUCCAAAGAAAGAUUGCUCAAGGCACAAACAUCACUACUGGAGUAG